GAUCUCUGUCCUAUUGGUGCGAUGGCCUUCUCCCUUCUGGCUAUCCUGAUAUUAUCUCUCCACGCUCUCCCAUCCAUUGGCUGUCCAGUGGGAUGUCGCUGCUACAGCCUGACUGUGGAGUGUGGCUCUAUGGGCCUCCGGGACAUCCCCUCACAUGUCUCACCUUCCGCACAGGUUAGCAAUGACCCAAUAUGUCUAUAUGUCUGUUUCCCAGAUCCACGCACACGUACCACCCACCACACAAUAUAGCCAGGCUUGAAUCAUCCAUACACUCACUCAGACGUACCUACUCUCCUUAGAGUUUACAGAUGUAGUUAUGCUUAUUGUUACUUAUGCUCAUCUAUUCCAUUUAGACAAUCUUCCUUCAGGACAAUGCUAUCGGGCAGAUCCGUCUGUCAGACCUCUCCCAGCUGGGCCGUCUGCACUACCUGUAUCUGCAGAACAACAGUAUCUCAGCCCUGGAGCCCGGGGCCUUCCAGAGCCAGGGUCAGCUUCUGGAGCUGGCACUCAAUGGGAACCGCAUCCACUUGGUCACAGCAGACAUGUUCAGGGGCCUGGAGCACCUCCGCAUCCUCUACCUGGCAGGAAACGACAUCACUCGCCUACAGGACUAUACCUUCAGAGGCCUACAGGUCAGUCCCCAUAUUAUCAGUCACUCAGUUAAUGUUUUGCCAAACCAAUGCUACUGUUCCCCUUCUCCCUUGUAAACAGACUGUUUGUCCUGAUAAUUGUCUAGAGUUCCACCACCAUAACAAUCGACGCUUCAACGUAAACCACUUCCUCUACAUUAUAUCACUAUUCAUUACUAAUAAUGAUUACAAUCCCUGCUUCCAUAGCGUCUUCAAGAGCUUCACCUGCAGCAGAAUAACAUUGAGAUGCUGGGAGACCAAGCUCUAGUUGGUCUGUCCUCUCUGGCCCUGCUUGACCUCAGCCGGAAUAACCUGCACACCAUCGGCCCUGCCACCCUGCGGCCCCUCGUCAGCCUGCAGGUGCUGCGUGUCACAGGUGAGGGCCAAGGGACAGGAUUUGGGGUAGGGCUGUGGGACCAAAAAAGAAGCCUACAGUAAAUAUAUUGACCUUGUUCUUCAAAUAGAAUUACCUCUUUCAAAUGUUUUGUCUUAAUUGUCUCAAUGUUGUGUUGCAUCCUUUUCCAUCCCCCUUUGUUGACUUUGCCACACCCACCCAUCAAAUGAUAACUUCCUACUGUAGACAAUCCGUGGCGUUGCGACUGUGCCCUGCACUGGCUGCGCAGCUGGAUCGAUGAGGAGGGCCAGCGCCUGCUGAGCUCGGCCGAGCGGCGCCUUGUGUGUUCUGAGCCGCCCCGCCUCUCCCACCUCAGCCUGGUGGAGGUGCCUCUUAACAGCCUGGUGUGCAUCCCCCCUCUGGUGCAGCUGGAACCCCGCCGCCUGGCCGUGCGCCUGGGGGAGAGCCUGCGUGUCUCCUGCCAUGCAUCUGGUUACCCCCGGCCGCAGGUCACCUGGAAGAAGGCUUCCCAGGGCAAGGUGCAGCUCUCCCCCCGGGGGCUGGUGCAGGACCUGGGUGGUGUAGGGACCGUGGGGGCUGAGGAUGCAGCACAUCCAGGUGCAGGACGGGUGAGACUCCAGAAGGAGGAUGGAGAGCGCUUCGAUCCAGACACGGGCAGUGGGAUGCUGUUCCUCAGUAACGUGACAGUGGCUCACGCCGGGCUGUAUGAGUGCGAGGCCUGGAACGCUGGAGGGGUGGCCCGUGUGACCUUUCAUCUCGUGAUCAACUCUUCGUCCUUUUCCAGUUGGUCCCCUGCCUCCUACGCGCCAUCCUGGCCUCGUCUGCGCUCCAAUCGGCCGACGUCGUCAGACGUGAGUCGAGAGCCCCUGUACGCCCUUGGCAGCAUGGCCUUCAGUGCGCUGGGAGCUGCUACUCAGACUGCCAUCGCCAUAGGGAUCUCCCUGCUGGCCCUCACGGCCCUUCUCCUGGUGGCCAUGAUCUACAGCCGGCACCGCCAGCGGCAGAAGGACACAGAUGACAAGGAGGAAAGCAUCCUGUAUGUCAAUGAUUACUCGGACGGACCAACAACCUUUGCCCAGCUGGAGGAGUAUCGGGAUGAGCGCGGGCACGAGAUGUAUGUUCUGAACCGGGCUAAACCCGUUCUCCCACCUUCCACCACAGCCACUACCACCACCUUGGGGUACCAACAGCAGGAGGCGCUGUCUCCCACAAAGCCCCAGAUGGAGCCUGAUAUACGGACAAUGAGAAGGAUGGCAGGGGAGGGCGGGGAGGCAGAGCCGGUGACAGCCGAGUCGGAGGGCUUAUUUCUGAAUCACACAGGUUUGUUCCUCGACUCACAAAUUGCAUAUGAGAUCCACUGCUGA